AUGGAGAUUGCGAAUCUUGCAGCAUUUACGACCACUUUGCUCCUUCCGUUAGUUAUUUGGGUUACGGAGAGCAAGGAAUCUCUUCAUAUCUACGUUAUGAGCCGAUUAUACUUGGAUUUCAUCCUGGCACAUGAUCGUCAAGUGCUUGAAAGCUCGCCUACAUUUUCCUCGUGGCGAAAGAAUCUUACCGCUGAUAUUGCGAAAUACUCUGAAUAUCUGUUGACAGCUUCUAUCAAAUCCUUCGCUCUCUCAUGGAAAGGCUCUCAAGAUGUUGAUCAAACGUACCGCGAUGACGUGUACAGUCGAUACAAAAAAGAGCUGGAAUUUUCGCUUGCACCUAUUCAUCCACGAGUCUCUCAACUCACUACCCACCAUCUUUUCUCUUCCAACGGUGCUACUCCACAGAGACUUCCGCGUCUUCAAUAUCAUUUUGAACGAACGACUUGCAAUCUAGUUGGGGUAGUUGAUUGGGCCGAAGCAGAGAUUGCGCCAUCCGGCUUAAACCUCUACUCUCAACAGCGACUAAUAAGCCAAAUCCGUCUCAAGUUUGACUUGCCCCGGUUUGACGAAUACGUUACUUUGGAGAAUAUUUUUUGGCGCACGUUCAGUGUGGAAGCUGGAGGGUUGGGCGAUGACACAAUCACAGCCAUCGAAGCAGCGAGAAUACAGGAGUGCUGCUCUCUCGUGGCUUUACAAGUCGUCUUGCAAAUAUGGCGGAGCCAGUACCCAUUAAGGAUGAUGAAAGUGGAGCAUAUAACAUGCGUGAUCUGGAUGGGCUGUUGA